AUGUCACUACCAGGCUUGGAGCUCUCGCAGCCCACCGUCGAAGCCCAGAGAGCUCCUGCAGCACCGGUACAGCAUACCCUUUCUCAAGGCUCAGAAUGGAGAUUUGAAGUUGCGUAUGGAAACUCAGUUAGAGUCAAGCUUCUAUCAGGCACUGCAGAGCUGUUUGGAACAGAACUAGCUCCGUCGCAAACGUAUACCUUUUCAGGAACUAAAGCUGCCAUAUACACCUGGCAUGGAUGUACAUUGGAAGUAACAGAAGGAGAUCCAGUUGCUAUAGGGGUCAUUGGGAGUGCCCCUGUACCCGCCGGGUCAGGCAGUGGGGGAUGUCAAGUGGAAUAUACCGCCGAAGAAACGCCAAUGGUAGACUAUGCGAACGUACACUUCGCACUAGAAACCCUACGAGAUGAGGCAAAGGCCAACGGUCGAGGCGGGCCCCGUGUUCUAAUUCUAGGGCCGGAGGAUGCUGGGAAAACGAGCCUAGCAAAGAUAUUAACGGGCUACGCAACUAAGAUGGGACGUCAGCCAUUUGUGGUCAACCUUGACCCGUCAGAGGGGAUGUUGAGUAUGCCCGGUACAUUGACAGCAACAGCUUUCCGGACGCUUAUUGACGUUGAGCAAGGAUGGGGAAGUAGUCCGUUGUCCGGGCCAACGCCCAUACCAGUUAAACUGCCUCUGGUGUAUUUUUAUGGCUUACAGAGCCCUCUGAGUGGUGGGGAGGAACUUUACAAGUCUAUUGUCUCAAGACUCGCUCUGACAGUAGCGGGCCGACUAGCUGAAGAUGAGGAAGCAAAGGAGGCUGGAAUCAUUGUUGAUACCCCCGGAGAAAUCAGCCAAGGGAAAGGUGGCGGUGAAGAUGUCAUCAACCAUAUAGUUACAGAAUUCUCGAGUAUGUUUCCUUCCCCGAGUAUAUACAAUGAUAAAAACUCACCUUCUUUUAGUUUCGACGAUUCUCGUUCUUGGGUCGGAACGUCUUUAUAGUACGAUGGUUAAGAGCUAUGACGGGAAGCCGAUUUCUACAACAUCUACAAUGCCCGUAUCAGAUGAGAAGAUAUCGGUAGUCAAACUCUCCAAAUCGGGGGGCUGCGUUGACCGUGAUGAAUCGUUUAUGAAAUCUACUCGUGAAUCUCAAGUUCGAUCAUAUUUCUUUGGAACAUCCGCUCCAUCAACUGCAUCUUCAGCUCUUUCAUCUACUGCUCCUGGCUCAGUCAUAUCUCUCUCCCCUCACGGUCAACAUGUUGACUUCGACAAUCUAUCUAUCUACAGUAUCACUAUUAACAGUGACGAAUACGAUGGCAUGAAGCUUAUAACGAAUUCUACAAGCGAGUUCUCAUUUCUUCCAGGUGGCAGCAAUGAGGAUGGAGAGGACGACGCGCCUGCGUCGGCUGCCGGUUUAGGUCCUGGUCCGUCAUCAACAGGCCUCCCUUCCCAACAGAUACCCCUUAAGAAGCUGGUUGCUACACCUGAUUACCCUGUUCCACAAGCGCUGGAAAAUACAUUGUUGGCAAUCACUCAUGCUCCUCCAAAUGCGCCUUUGAAUGAAAUUCGGGAUGCUAGCAUUAUGGGGUUCCUCUACGUUGCCGGUGUAGAUUCGAAGAAAGGGAAGCUUCGGCUAUUAUCUCCAGUAGCUGGGAGAGUACCCGCGAGAGCCAUAAUAUGGGGAGAUAAAUGGCCUGGAGAAAUUCUCGGAUUGGUUGGAUAAACCAGUAUCAUUCUAUGAAGCGUGAUAUGAUGAUAUACCAGAGUCUAGAUAUUUGAUUAAUUGAACACAGAUGAGGCUUCAUUCUCUCUUGCGAGAUUAAUUCUUAUAGUAUUCCGUCUCUUCUCUACACUGUAUCGUAAAUCCUCUCAUCGUACAAAUAAACGCCCAAAUGAAACGAGAAAAAUACAAAAUACGACAAUUCCUAGUACAACUGGGUUGAACAUCUAUCCGUAGCACCGUAAAUGAAAGAACUAAAGUGAAAAACUCCUAAAAUGCAUCGAAGAUAGAUAUAGAAGGGGAAUAGAAAAAAAAAAAUAGAAAAUAAGGAAUUGAACGAAAUGACAAGAGAAGUGCGCCGGAACAUGUAAAAUCAAAACUAUCAUGAACUCAUUCCCAUCGUCUCCAUUCAGCCGCAUUUUUCCUCAGUUCAGCAUCACGAUCAUAACCUAAUGAAACGUCUUCCAUAAGUAGUCGCUUGUUCUCACGGAAAGCGUUCUCGGCCUGGUAUCGAGCCAAAACUGCUGCCCUCAGAUAGCCAAAGUCCGAACGCCUGACGGCUUCACGGAACAUCAUUCUCAUUCGUGGGCUGUAUAGCUGGCACGAUGCCUGGCGGGAGGCUGGACCCGCUCUGUCUGGAGUCAUUUGGACGGUUGGGGACACCAGGGAAGCUACGGGGCUGUUCCCGAACGGCCAGACAACGUCAUCGUAGCAGUCCUCGCAGACAGUAAAUUCAGGCAAUUCGUCAAUACCAUGCCAGGGGCCAACGAUGAGGUGAUCACGGGGACAGUCGUAGAUGCGGUUCUUACGUUUAGCGUAUCGGAUAAAGUCUCGUAGAUCGGGCUUAUGGCCUGGGUCAUGUCGAUGGCGGGUAGCUGCAACAUCGAGGAGGUCGAGGUAUUGGAUGAAGCGAGUACUGCCGCAGCGAAGGUCGCAAGUUCGUUCCUGUGAAGUCGAACUUGGCUGGAACGAAUCACGCAGCGAAGGCAUGAGGAUCCUGACGUUGCGGAAGCAGGAUGCACAUGCAUUGAAGUUGGGCAUGAGCCUGCCGGUGUCCGGAUCAAUGACUCGGUACCAUGUUUGGGUGGAAGGAGUGCGGCCAGGGCAACCCUUGUAGAUUGAUGAAGGCCGAGUUAGCUGGUACAGCAGUUCAAGGUGAUUUAAACCCAGCUUCAUUGUCUGAACCCAUGCUAAUCGCGCCCAUGGUUGGCUCAUGGAGCAUCGAACUGGUAGCCCGAGAGGCUGAGGCGGCGCAGGAAUGACAAGUUUAUCGAAACGAGUCUUCUUAAUCUGUUGGGUACAGGAUGGGCAAAUGUUCAUAUGUGUCAAGCCCACUAUGGUAGACCAAUCGUUGUAAUCAGCCAUGGCAAUUGAUCUUGGGCAAGGCGCCAAUGCUGGAGUCUCCUCGCAACGACGUCGUGGUGAGACUUGCCUAUGUGGUUUGACGGCACCGCGGCUCGGGAUCUCUUGUCCAGCAAGAGUUGAGCUUAGAGCUGGUGCAUUUGACAUUGUAUUGUCCUGGUAUCCCAGGUAUGGAGGCUGCAGCGGCAUGUCUACUGCAGGUAGGUAAGGAGUUGUAGACCAGCCAGCGUCGUGCCCGGUACACUCAUAGCAAGGAGCAGGGGAUAUGUACUCCCAACCCUCAGGAUUGUAGUCUUGACCACUGGGGACAAAGGUGACGGGAGCGAAGGCUUGCUGUUGAGUGAGAGCCCCAUCGUAUGGUGGAGCAGUUGUGGUGGCCGGUAGCUUCGGCAUUGGUUCGGAGAAGUGCUCGUCGGUUGUAUCUUGAUAUUUAUUGGCGCAUGAUUCGAGGUUGGCUCGUUCUAAGCGAGGCAACGAG